AUGGCCACAACAAAGUCACCGGCAACCGUACACACCCCCUCCAUCUCCAAGCCCUCACCAUGGUCACCCGUGUACAUGGGAGACGCGCCACACCAGUUGGAUGCGAAGGAGCGCCAGGAAAACGUUGUCGGUCAACGUCGCGAUGGUGCGACACUCCCGCUGGAAGAAAGCCGAGUGAGAACGGAGGACGUGAGGAUGAGGAAGCGAGAUUUGGCAAUUCUCUCGCUGUCGGCUUUCGCCAUUUUUUUCUCUCUUCAGCACGAGGGUGAUUUCUCGUUCAAAGAGGCUUGGUUUCAUCUCUCAGAUGACUACCCAAUUAAGUACGAAGCUGAUCGACUCCCUCCUCCGGUUGUUGCCGAUCUGAAUGGCGAUGGGAAAAAGGAGGUUCUCGUGGCUACGCACGAUGCGAAGAUCCAGCUGUUGGCUCUGAGAGGAAACAUGAUAGAGCUUGCAAUUGCAACAGCUGUUCUUCAUGUUCUGGAACCUCACGCGAGGCGCGUGGAUGAAGGAUUUAGUGAAGCACGUGUGUUGGCAGAGGUAUCCCUUUUGCCAGACAAACUCCGCAUAGCUACAGGGAGGCGUGCUGUGGCAAUGGCCACUGGAGUUAUUGAAAGGAAUUAUAAUAAGAGGGAGCCAAGGAAGCAGGUUUUGGUAGUUGUGACAUCUGGCUGGUCUGUGAUGUGCUUCGAUCACAAUCUGAAGAAGUUGUGGGAUGUGAAUCUGCAGAAAGAUUUUCCGCAUAAUGCUCAUCACAGGGAGAUUGCCAUCUCGAUUAGUAAUUAUACAUUGAGGCAUGGAGAUUCAGGAUUGAUUAUCAUUGGCGGAAGAAUGGAGAUGCAGCCUCAUAUGCAUCUGGAUCCUUUUGAGGAGAUUGAAAUGGCUGAUAAGAAUGCCGAGGAGCAUAGACGUAGCGCCACUGAAAAGGAUGCAUCUGAUAAUGCAGGAACUGUAGAUUUAAGACACUUUGCUUUUUAUGCAUUUGCUGGUAGAAGUGGUGAGCUACGGUGGAGCAGAAAGAAUGAGAACAUUGAAGCUCAAUCAUCUGAUGCAUCGCAGCUGAUUCCACAGCACAAUUACAAGCUUGAUGCUCAUGCAUUAAACACACGCCGUCCAGGAGAGUUUGAGUGCAGGGACUUCAGAGAAUCCAUUCUUGGAGUCAUGCCUCAUCGUUGGGAUCGUAGAGAAGAUACUGUGCUGGAGCUGGCACAUUUCAAGCGUCACAAAAGGAAAACACUCAAGAAAGUACCUGGCAAGACCACCAACUACCAGUUGCACAAACCGGAAGAAAAGCAAUCUCCUGGAAAGGAUGUGACGAAAAAAGUUUCCAAUGUCAUUGACAAGGCAGUUAAUAUUGCUAAAUCAGCAAAGAAAAAACAACUCUGGUGGGUACCGAACGUUGUCGUUGCUCAUGAAAAGGAAGGUAUUGAAGCCAUUCAUUUGGCAACUGGACGCACAUUAUGUCAGCUACAUCUUCAAGAAGGCGGCCUUCAUGCUGAUAUUAAUGGAGAUGGCGUCCUGGAUCAUGUUCAGGUUGUUGGAGCAAAUGGUGCCGAACAGACCGUUGUGAGUGGGUCAAUGGAAGUACUUCGUCCUUGUUGGGCUGUUGCCACAUCUGGUGUCCCCGUCCGUGAACAACUCUUUAAUGCUUCCAUAUGUCACCACUCUCCUUUUAAUUUAUUUCAACACGGAGAUUUCUCUAGAAGCUAUGGCAGGCAUGUGGACACGAGUUCGUUGGAGGUUGCUACGCCGAUUUUGAUCCCGAGAAAAGAUGGCCACAGGCAUCGUAAAGGAAGCCGCGGUGACGUUGUCUUCCUGACAAAUCGAGGCGAGGUGACAUCUUACUCCCCGGGCCUGCACGGGCACGACGCAAUCUGGAACUGGCAGAUCUCAACAGGAGCCACAUGGUCAAACCUCCCGUCACUUUCCGGCCUAGUCGAGUCCCCGGCCGUGGUCCCCACCCUCAAGCCGUUCCCCCUUCGCACGCACGACACUGUAGCGGAGCCGCUGAUCCUGGCGGCAGGCGACCAGGAGGCGGUUGUCCUGUCCCCCGGCGGCAGCACGCUGGCGGCCUUCGACCUGCCGGCCCCGCCCACUCACGCUCUCGUCUGCCAAGAUUUCUCCGGCGAUGGGCUGACGGACAUCGUGCUCGUCACCUCGAGCGGAAUUUACGGUUUUGUCCAGACGAGGCAGCCGGGGGCACUUUUCUUCAGCACGCUUGUUGGGUGCCUGCUGGUUGUGAUGGGGGUGCUGUUUGUGUCUCAGUACCUUAAUGCGUCGGCAUCUGGGAAGGGGAAGCCAAGGGCUCUGUCGACAGCUCAGCUAUGAUGACAGGGUUGGAUAUUGUGCUCUCAGAUUCUUGCUAAUCUUCCCUUUUCUUUUCUUUUUUAUACUUGGUCUGUAGCUUUUGUUUAGUUGUUAUAUGGGAAGAGAUUUUUAUGUGUAAUGCUUGUGGAAGAAUCAGAUGAUGUAUAAAAACGAGUGGUUCGGAUUGUUUUGGGAUGGGUCUCUGCAGCCAUCAGCUUCUCAAGCAAAGGGAGAUUUUGUGCCCAGGUUUGGUUUGCUUUUUUAUUUUUCCCUUUUCAGUAUUUGCCCACGCGCCAGAAUUGUGGUUAAUUUUUUCUACUCAACUAACCUUCUAG